UGCAUGCACGCAGACACACAGGCACACACACUCGCACACACACAUGCACUCACACACACACACACACACACACACACACACACACACACACACACACACACACACACACACACACACACACACACACACACACACACGCAAGCACGCACGCACACCCAUAUGCACAACCGCACGCACACACACACACACACUUUGUUCUAUUUCCACCUGUGCAAAGAGCUCCGCCUUUACUCCUUCUGAGACACCAUCACCCCUUCACGCGCAUCCCAUGUCAACCAACCGCUCGACAUCAAAGUUUCGGUAGAGCGCGCGCUCGUGGGGCAGAUGGAAGAAGAGGAAUAUCAUUAGGGGGUCGUAAAGAGCGAAGUUGCGGUCGACGCACGCUGGCCCCCGACCCCCUCCCCCCGGCUGCAUUCCCAUUGUUUAAUUCGAUUGGUUUACUGGAUCAUCAUUUUCUCCGUGGACAUAUGACAAUGACGGAUGACAGCAGAGCAGCACAUAUGCAAGCUCAGACCUGCUCACACUAAAGCGCGUCAGAGAGGCACCGCCACGGAGCGGCGUCGGUAGAAGCGGAGCCAGCGCUCAGGGCUGCACCGUGUCAGUCCGUGCAUGGUGCACCUCUUCCGAUGUCACGUUGUAGGACUACACAGAAAAACAACAACACUUAAGGCAAGCAUCAGGACAACAUUGGACUCUCUCCGUCUCCGAUCCGCGGUUAUCAUUCGGCAAAAGAAGGAGCCUGACCCCACGAUGACCGAAAUCAGCGAGAAGGAGAACGACUCGGAAAACCGGGACCCUUACCGGGGCCACGUUAGCACACCGACUCAACCCGAAUCCAAGCUGCAGCGCCUGAAGCGGUCCCUGUCCUUCAAAUCCGUGAUGCGCAGCAAGAGCGUGGACAACUUCUUCCAGCGAGGCAACAACAACAACAACCUCAGACUCCCGCCCGUCAUCGCGGCCAAUCCGCCGCCCCCGUUGUCCUCGCCGCCGCCGUUCCCGGAGAGCCCGCUGGCCUACGAGAGGUCGCCGUCGCUCUCCUCCUCGGCCAGCCCCGACCCCUCGCUGUCGUCCUGCUCCCCCAACACCAGCCCGUCGGCGACCCUCGCCCCCGCGCCGGGCCCCGCCCAGGUCCUGCUGCGGCCCGUCAAGACCCACUGCUUCCAGGACCACGUCUUCCGCAAGCCCACCUGCUGCGAGAGAUGCAAGCAGAUGAUCCAAGGGAACUCCAAGCAGGGUAUUCGCUGUAAAACCUGUAAACUGGGGGCACAUCUGUGGUGCUCUUCUGAACUCUCCACACAACCCUGCAAUGGCAAGGUAAGAACACUAGGCCCAUUGCUGACAACUCGACUUAGCCUAGCUGCUAGCGUGCUCAAAGGCUAGCUCAAGGUCUGAGCGUAUGCUUGAUUAAAUGUCUGAGCGUAUGCAAUCUCAUAGACUGAAAAAGAAAUAUGAUGUCCAUAACAUCACCCAUUAGAUAAGACAGCGGUUAUAAAGCCUCCGAUUUCAGGAUAUGAGGGCCGCCAUUGCUUGGGAUUUUUUGCAACCAGCAGCUAAAACGAUCGAUAUUUGGCACUUUGAGGGUGGAAGUUGGCGGCCCGCCGCAUUAGUCUGUCCAAAACUCAUUCAUAUGAAUUCCUGUAAAUGUUAUAAAACGAUCCGAAGGGACCUCUCAUACUGAAUGAUAUGGAGUUGAACUAGCCACUGAGAUUCAAAUCAAAUGAAGAAAAAAAUAUACAAGAAUUAAGAGAAUUAGGAAUUAGUAAUAUAAAUAAGAAUUAUAUUACAAUUCUCUUUUAGAAUCAAAUCAACAAUCUACAGGCCGUUAGAUAAAUGACACAUUAGCUUCCACAUGGCCUUCACAAACAGGCUGUUUGUGCUACAGAUUGCGCUAGCUACUAGUCUGAUGUAAGACAAGCUGCUGCCCUGAACUGUGGCUAGAUGCUAGCCUCAACUAAGGCUACUUGCGUCUGAAUGAUGGAUGGAUAGAACUUUAUUAAUCCCCCGGAGGGGAGUUCCCUCUGUUACAGCACGGCAGCAGUGGAAGGCACAGGAUAUAAUGCAUAACAAUCAAACACAAAGUAGUGCUUAGGAAAACAAAAAUAGAUGCGAAAGUAAAUGCUAAGUAAGGCCAAACAGAACAAACGGGGCAAACAGGACAAACUGUAUAAACACUAUAAAUUAUAAAGUGGCCCAGUGCCAGUACUUCACAGUAUAUUAAAGCCUGCGUGCAAUGUAAAAAACAA